AUGGAUUCAAUAUUCAGCAAGGUGAAAAGCCUCCGCAAGUCAAGCAAAUCGAAAUCAGAACCACCGAUAGCAGUCAAUACCUAUUAUGAACAGUACAGAACUGAGAAUAUGCAAACAGUCUUCAAAGACUACUACCCUUCAACAGACUUAAGCCGAGAAGAAAGAGACCUGCUGAUAACAAAGCGUCUCGAAGUGUCCAAGGCAGCCGAGCGGCUUGAGGUAGACAAAAAAGCCUUCACCGCCUCCAAUCACCAGGCAGCACAGGAGAGGGUGAAAGCGGGUCUCGUCGGGGCCUUCUGCAACUACGGACAGAUUGCAACCAAAGUUGACUACCUUACCUACCAAAUCUAUGUUAAUUUUGAGCCUAUUCAGACUAGCAAAAAGAAGUUAUCUUCUCAGGACCCAGGCCCAGACACAUCCAGAAAGAAACCAUUAUGGAACUCCUCGCCGUCCUCACCCAAGAUUUGCUUUCAACCAUGGAGUGGCGCAUGUCACACGGCGAAUACCGAAGCAUAG